GCCGGAGGAGGAGCAAGGGAAGGGAGGGAGAGGCAGCGAGACCUCACAAACUGUGUCCCCUGCUCUAACUCAAUCAGCUGAAGAACUGCAGCUCAACCUGGGUACGUGGUCAUCUUCUCACGUCUGUGGGGGCUGAGAGAGACGGGCAUCCCUCCAGAGCCCACAGCACCUCGACUCUCACACACCCAGUCAUCUCAAACCGCAGGCAUCGAACUCCUUCCUCGGAAUGGCCGCGGGGGAUGAGCCCUUGGACUUGGUUGGAGCCGAAUCAGCGAAAAUCUCCCUGAGUAGAUUACUGCUGGUGAUUCUGAUCGGUUUCUUUCUAUUUCAUAUUAAUUUAGGGCUUGAAGUUAACAUUGGAAAAUUGCCAACGAUUAAGGUAGUGAAUGGCAGUGACGUCAUCCUCCCCUGUACUUUCUCCAGCUGCAAGGACUACAAAGGCGCUUCCUUCUGGUGGAAAUUCCAGAAAAAUAAAACAUCAUCAGCACAGACAAUUAUUUAUAUCAAACUGAAAGGGAAAAAGCCCUUUAUCACUCCAGAAUCAGACAGCAGAGUCACAUUCAUUGGGAACAUUAAAUCAAAGAAUAUCUCCCUUUUGCUGACGAACGUGGAUUUUGAUGAUACGGGAUUUUACACUUGUUUCUUCAAAAACCCUGAGGAAAAAGGUCAAGAAGCCAAUGCAACUCUGCAGCUCAUUGUUGUCAGCGAACUGUUACCGGUGGACAACACAUUGACAAUUCUCAUUCUUUCCAUUGUCGGAGGGGUGAUAGGACUCCUCAUUCUAAUAUUUAUUAUUAAAAAGAUUGUAAUGUUUAUAAUUAAGCAAGUUGGAAAAAAGAAGAAGGAGUGCCUGGUAAACUCCUGCGCCAACACUGAACAUGGACAUUACGGUUCCAAAGCUGACCUCAAAAGCCCACCAAAGGCGUGAAGAUUGCACCAAUUUUAACAUCAGUGCUUAAAGACAUGGGAUGUGCCUAUUAAAACACUAGCGAGUACACACAUUAUAAGGUAACCCUACUACACUUGCAACAAGAUGGAGGGAGGGGAGGAUCGUACACAAUUUGUGCUGGAGACAUGUGCCAUCAGCAUGAGAUACCACAGAAAUGGGGAUACGUUUGUUCCUGACACAUACUGAUCUCCUCUCCCUUCUCAAUCCUCAGUACUGUCAUCUCAAACUCUCAGAUAUUAGGGCAUGCAACUCAUCUGCCUUGCAGCAUGUACAUGCUAUUUAUACAGGGAUUGACACCAGCUGUAUAGCACCAGUCUUGUAUCACAUGUGGCCUUUUACUUGAUAUGUUACUGUUGUUUUAAUUUCUUUUCCUUUUUGGCUCAGUAUCCUCUAAAAUAUGAUUGGUGUUCUCAAUUACAUACACAGCAGUCAGUAAGUAGCUGAAUCUCACCAGUAAGGUAUCACUUGGCUUCUAAAUCACCUGAAAAUGGAUUGGACAUGCCUUGAGGCUGCUGUGAACUCUCUAAGAUGUCUCUAAAAUCCAAGCUAUUGCCAUUUGAAAAACACACUGUGGAAAGAGUAUAACAGAUGCCUUUUAAGAGGUACCAAGGGUUUCCAAAACUAGACUAUUAGACAAAUUGGUUUCUAGGGAAUUGGGAGCUGUCUUUAUAUGAUACAGGAAUAACUUCCCAUUCCUUCUGUAAUUUAACUGGAAUUCACGUUCAGCAACUAGUUGGAUUGAUCAUCUGUGGUGAUCAGUAAU